AUGGCGCAGCCGCUGGCAGGCUACUGGACGCUUCCUAUUAUUGCGUCUUACCUCACUGAGAUAAACCCUGCUAAUGAUCCUUAUCAGGAACGGAUCGAUCAAUUGUGGUUGAAUAUCCUCACCCACUACUUCCCGCUGCGUGAUGAUCUUGGUACCGAGAGAGAAGCGCAUGUUGAACCCGGAAGGAUGUUUGCAGUCAACGUUGCUGUCACCAACAUUCGCCAGAACCAUAUGCACAAAGUGAUCGUGGUCGAGGCUAAGGCAUUCCCGCAUAACACGGACAAUGGCUGGUUCAACAGGUAUCCGUGGACCGAAGUUGAGGGGGAACUCAAGUUUUAUAUGGAGAAAAUCCGUCAGAACUUCGGGAAUGUGCAGACUAUGUACGGAAUUGCUGCUGUUGGAGAUAUGGUUCGUUUCUACAGGAUGAACUCGCAAAACAACCCUGGUCACGCCCUUACGCCGUUUACAUCUGCAGGACAACUGCUGAACGUUCACACUGAUGCAGUUACAAUCCAUGCCAUCCUGACUACGAUGUCGGCGCAGAUUCGGGCGGGCAUAAAUACAUAUUAA